CUUAUCAAGAAGAAGAAUUAAAUCACCCCAGAGAAAACAAAUCGCACGAAGAAAAUUUAAUUAUAAUAUCUAGUUUUUUAUUCUUUAACUAAUUAAAAUCGUUCGCAAGUUAUAAAACGGUGGUGCUAUCAACUCCAUUUUCUAAGUGUAAUAGUAAAUGCUAAUCAAAUAAGAAAAGAAAACGUGAAAAGUAUUGCGAAUUGAAAAAAUAUCGAGUUUUUUUAUGUGGUGGUGGUCGUCUUUUUGUCUCCAAAUACCAAACAAUCAAACAAAUCGUAGUCGUUGCAUGUGGGGGUCUUGCAAACUCAACCGGGAGCAGAGCAUUGGGGAGAAACAUUGUCGACAGUGACAGCAUAAGGCUGAGUUCUGAUUUCCAGCUAAUAAGAAAGAAACAAAAAGAAAGCAAAGACGAACAAACAUGGAAUUUUCUCAAGACCCCUAUGAACUGAAAUUGUUCCAAAUGUUUAACAGUUGUGAUAGCCAACAAUGUGGCUAUCUGGAUGAACAGUCCUUAAGGAGGCUUUGUGGCCUCCUAGAACUAAGAGACAAAGGAAAGGUGCUAAUUGACAAUUUGGCAGCCGAGGGACGCACCUCACACGUUACAUUUGAGAAUUUUAAAGAAGCAUUGCUAAACUUCUUGGGCACAGAGCUGGAUGGUGGUGGUGGUGGGAGCAGCUUAACAACGAGCGAGCAAAGUAAGUCAACCGACAAAGCGGUCGUCGAAGCCAACGAUGGAAAUGUCGUGGAGCGAUCGUUAGUUAUAUCUGAAAACCCACAACAACAACUGGAUCAGGAAGAAACUUUUAUGGAUAGCCCGCCAGAGUCUUCAGAUCGCGAAGUCUCUCCAAAACUGGUGAUGGGUACUAAGAAAUAUGGACGUCGAUCUAGGCCACAUAAUUCAAAGACUGGAGAUGCCAGUGCUUCGGACUCAGAAGAUUCCACAGAAGAAAAAGACUCCAGCUCACAUCGUGGCUGUAUAACACAGCAAGUCCAGAGAUCUACUUCACAAACCGAUAUACCUGGUACUAGACGACGUCAGACUGUUGGCGUCACCGAAACCAAACUAAAACGUUGUGCUUCGUUGCCGGCGCAAAGGAAUCUAUUCAACCAGAAUAAGACGAAAUUCCAAAACAAAGCAAAAAUUGGUAACGAUUCUUUAAUACAGCUAGCAAAGAAACCACUUAGCAGUAGCGUUGAAUCUCUUGGUUUGAAAAAUCUUUCAUCUGCCAUGCACGCUGUUUGGAGUUCCUAUGAAUGGGAGUUAAGCAAAGCUCAUUUAAAUACCGGACAUUUGGCUAAAGAUACUCCUGGUUUAAUGGAAACACUACCAGUAAAUACCAUAUUGGAUUUAUGGGAACGUUCCAAUAUUCCCAACGGCCGUGGAAUUUUGUUGGCCUUGGGCUUUGACAGUGAUGAAAUCAAUUUGGCCCAAUUGAAUAAAGUGAUGGAAGAAGAAAUACCAAAUUUGGACGAAGAACCUCAGCAGGCAUUGAUGAAGGCCUGUUUGGCCUUGCAGUCGGUGGAGUUGACGAACUUAAGACAAACUUCCAAGCAACUGCAUGAUGAGAAUUCCAAACUCAGGUCAGACAAUAAAGAUGCCAAUCGGCGUAUUGCUUUAUUGGCGGUAGAAAUUGAUGAGAGGCAUGCCUCUCUUGAAGAUGCUACCAAAAAAGAAAUACGUCUAUUGGAACAAAAACAUGCAGGUGUUGUUAGAGACCUUACUGCGCGAUUGGCUAGUGACAGAGAAAACUGGUGUAAUCUGAAUUCACGUUUGGAGGCUCGCAUAAAAUCAUUCGAACAAGAUGAAAUAAGAUUUAAAACCGAAUUGGAAUUAGUUCGCAAGGAGAAUGAAGAUUUGGAAUCUGAACAGCAUAAAAUGCAAAAACAAAUCACAGAAUUGUUGGAGAAAAACAUCGAACUACAACGUGAACUAACCGAUAUGGAUGAAAAGAAACAUGCAGGCCAGUAUCGUGAGUCACAUGACAAGAGUAUGGCAGAUGAGGAAGUUUUAACUUUGGUAGACAAAAUCUCAAAACUACAGUUAGAGAACUGUAAUUUACGUGAUAAAAAUGAUGAACUUAUGGCCGAAGUUGAGUCUUUGCAUCAUGAGUUGAAUAAAAUGAAAAUUAAAAGCAAAAAAUCACUGGCAUCACCAGAAGAAGCUACCGUAUCUAACCAAGAAGAAAGCGACUCUAAUUCCGGAAACACAGCUACCAAACGUCGUGGCGAUUCGCCUACAAAAACUAGGCUAAUCGAAGAAAGUCCUCGUUUGGGUAAAUUAAGAAAAUGUGCGAAUGAUGAAACUCACACCGGUAGUGAAAACAGUGAUACCAGUGGCGAAUGGAUGGCAUUAAAUUCUGAAUUGCAGAAUUCACAACAAACCAAAACGUUGAAAAAGGCCCACGAAGAAAUAGAAAGUCUGCGUAAACGCAUUAGAGAUUUAGAGGACGAACUUAAGAUGGCUAAAGAAUUAGCAACACAGAAGGCUAGUGGAGAUGGCACAGAGUCAUCGUCACCCACACCAGAAGAACGCUGUCGUGAGUUGGAGGCUAGCUUAGAACAGAUGCAGAAAGCCUACGAAGACUGCGAAGACUACUGGCAAGCCAAAUUGACAGAAGAAAGAGCCCUCUUCGAAAAGGAGCGACAAAUCUACGAAGAAGAACAACAGGAAAGUGAUAAAAAAUUCACUGAGCUAAUGGAAAAGGUCCGUGAAUAUGAGGAACAAUUCAGUAAGGACGGCCGCCUUUCUCCAAUCGAAGAAAAAGACAUGCUCGAACAACAAUAUGCCGAUUUGGAAGCCGAGGCCGAAGAAAUCCGUGAAAAUGCGCGAAAAAUGUUUGAAGAAAAAUCUCAAGAAAUUGAAAUGUUACAAAACGAAAUUGAAGAUCUCCGUUUGCGUUUGGGUGAAAGUGUGGAGAUUUUGACUGGGGCCUAUGAACUGAAACCAGAGAAUGCCGCCAGUAAUGCCAUGAAUCUGGCUGAGUCUUGCAGCCCCGCCAGCUCCCCUAUCAGUUAUCUGUGGCACCAAAGCACCAUACAGGAACCCUCGAAAAAUUGUCAACAAUCCGUGGAAAACAAUUUACCCACCCUAAUGCCUGUGGCGCCUUUGAGCAAUAAUGCAGUACGUUUAAAUUUAACAACUUCGGAAACUACAAUUUUCAGCACACCGCCGCAGACAUCACUGCAGUCACCGAUAGAAAAGCCCAGUCAGUCACAAUCGCAUAAUACUGCGACCUCCGAAGCGGGAGAUGUGGCCGAUUGUGAAACCUCCUCGACAGCAUCAGGCAAAAGUUUCGAAACGCACAGUAUACAUUCGAAUCACAGCCUUCAGCAGCGCAAUACGCAAUUGGCCACCAAAUCAAAUGCCAGCACAAAGAAUAGUUCAACUAGUCCAACACCAAGUGUAAUGAAAGAAGAACUAAAACGUUUGAAAUUCUUUGAGCUUUCUUUGAAGGAACAAAUUAAGGACUUGUCAUUGCAGAGAGAUGGUUUAAUUAUGGAACUUCAACAACUGCAAGAAGCUAAGCCAGUGUUAGAGAAGGCAUAUGCGAGAACGGCCCAUCCGUCAUUAAUACAAAGAGUAAAUCAAUUGGAAUUGAAAAAUCGUCAUUUGCAAAAUGUCAUCAAACAGCAACAGCAGUACACAGACUCUAUAAUGCAACAAUCCUGGCGCAAUCAUCAAAUAGAAUUAAAUGAACUGCAUGAACGUCUUGAAACUCAAGGUAGAUUGAUUGUUGACCAGGUACAGCGUUUGCAAAAGGCCGAUUUUCUCGUCAAAGAUUUGUAUGUGGAAAAUUCUCAUUUAACAGCAUCUGUACAGAGAUUAGAACAACAAAGGGUGCGGGCCAGUAUGCUGCAGCAACAGCCUCAACAAAGACAAAAUUGUUCAGUACUACCAGGAAUGCCUUAAAUUGUUAAGACCUGAUUAAAAAACAGAAGGAUAUUUGAAGUUAAAGGUAAGAACUCGGCAACAAAUAUCGAAAUAUAAAAUGGAAAUGUUCGGAAGGCUGCGAUUGUCAUUUGGAAACCUGUUAUUGCAACUCUGUAUUGAGCACCCUUCUUUAGUUAUAAGUGUGUGUGCUUUACAAUUAUAUACACUCAGCCACGCAGAACAAUCUAAGACUUUUUAAAUUAUGCCAUCAAUCAGAACCAAAAUUAUUCCAAUUAUUUAUUACCACAACAAAUAUAACUCGAAAUGGAUGGUCAUCAAUCUGCAAUUGUACUCAAAACGCCUUCCAAUAGACUACAACUCUAUACAAAACUACCAAACACUACAACUUUAGUUAAUUUUAAAAAUAAUUAUUUUCGGUUACAACGAAAUAGAGAAAAAAAGACAUCUAAUAUGUUCAAUGCCAGAAACAAAGGAAAUCUCUUAGAAAUCCCAAAAUAAAAAAUUGAAAAGUAACUCUAUGUUAAAAAUGCGCACAGGAUGAAUGCAAACAAACUAUCAACUCUACUACUAAAUUACAUUUGCGCAAUUUCUGUUUUAGAUUAAUUCCAUGGUAAUACGAUAUAUAUUCGUACAUAGUUAAAUUAGUAAAUUAAGCCUGCAUAAUAUUUGAAUGUAUUUUUAUUUCUUUGAGAAAUUCUUAAGCUGAACAAUUUACUACUUUUUUGCUCAUUUGUUAUUUUUUAUAAUAUUUAUUUAAACAGUACAUCACUUUGUGUAUAUCCCAUAGAAAAUAUUUAAUAUCAUCAACUUUAAAAAUUUAAUAUUCAAUAUUAUUUUAUAUAAGCUUGUAUGAAGUAUAAGGUACCCUCAGAAAGUGGUUACAAAUGGAGUUGUUAUGAUUAUGUGGUCAUUAAGGACUCUUGUUUUCUGUACAUCCCGAAUAUAAAACGGAUGUAUGUUCCAAUUGCUUUCAGUUUCAUUCUCUUUACGUCGAGUACAAUUUGUUUAUUUAAUAAAUUAUUCCAAUUUCGCAACAACCCUUAUUUUAGAGGGUGUUUUAUAUUAUACACAAGCUGCAAUCCGAAUGCUAACAUUAAAUUUUCCUUUAAAAUUUUUUGUCAAAGAUGCACACAAUUAAGAAUUACAGAAUCCAAUUUUAUUCUGCAGUAUUAAACCGAUGUAUUAAAAUUCCACUCGUUUUACCCUAUUCUCUUAUUGUUUCCAAGAAAAAAACUUCUAAAAUAUCUUAUCUUACCCUAACUUGAGUUUAAAUGUUUAUGCAUUGUUAUGGCAAUUAUGAAGAGUUUUCAAAACUCUUAAAACGUUUUAAAGCUCUCCCAGUAAAAGACAAAAAUUGAAUAUUGUUUUUAUCAAUAUUCAAGUAAUUGGUGAUUGUUUACAUACAUAUAUUCUUUAUUUAAUUUUUGAUUGAAAUUUUAACUCAUUAGAUCUGUACAUAUCCUAAUCAUAACAAAAAAAGUAUUAAUAUUUUUAUUAUGUUGUAAAUGUUUGCUCUACCCCUUAACUUUCUUCUUCAUUACGAAAUUGUAAGUAAUAACUAAAUUAUUUCUUGUUUUUAAUUUAAUUUCUUAUUGAAUAUCCAAUUCUGUAAAAUGUUUGCUUUUAAGUUUAUCAUUUUAUUGUUACA